CUCUCUAGCAGUGGUACUGGGUACUGUGAAUGCCUUUGCUAUCGGUGCAAUUGAUCGAGAAAGUAUUUACAUGUCAUAUAAUCGACAAUGAGUAGUAUAGGAAGAACCAGUAUGAUUUUUCGAAGAAGACCCAUCAGACUACAACAAAACAGAAGCAAACAUGACUAUAAGGAAAAACAUGUACCUUUGACUAUACUGACAGAAGACGAAAACAUGUUAAAGGACAACGUUGCUAAGUUUUGCAAAACCAAUAUAGCCCCGUACGUUAGAGAAAUGGAAAAUAAGGGAGAAAUAAAAAAGUCCGUUAUGGAUAUGUGUUUUGAACAUGGUCUCAUGGGCGUAGGGAUAGAAGAAAAGUAUGGUGGUUUGGGUUACCAUUUAAUGGCCAAUAUCCUAGUUAUAGAAGAAAUCGCCAAAGUAGAUCCCGCCGUAUCGGUCCCUGUAGAUAUACACAACACCCUUAUCAACACCGUCAUCAACAAACUGGGGACCAAAGAGCAAAAAGAAACGUAUCUGCCUCGUCUUGCCCAAGACACACUCGGUUCUUUCGUUCUGUCGGAACCUACGUCAGGAUCAGACGCGUUCGCCAUGAAGACGACAGCUAAGAAAGAUGGAUCUGACUACAUUAUAAAUGGUAAUAAGAUGUGGAUAUCGAGCGCUAAAAUCGCGGGAUUGUUCUUGGUAAUGGCAAACGCGAAUCCUAGUUUGGGGUAUAAAGGAAUUACUUGUUUUAUUGUAGAGAGAGAUAAUCCAGGCUUGAGUAUUGGAAAACCGGAAGAUAAAUUAGGAAUAUGUGCUUCAGGAACUCAUCCGGUAAACUUCGAUAACGUGAGAGUGCCACAAACUUCGAUAUUAGGAGAAGUGGGCCAAGGAUACAAAAUAAUUGCCGAAUCCCUUAACGAGGGCCGGAUAGGAGUGGCCGCUCAACAAGUAGGUCUAGCUCAAGGAUGCCUCGAUAUCACGAUUCCGUACACUUUGGAAAGAAGGCAGUUUAACAAACCGAUAUACAGCUUCCAAGGAAUGCAACACCAAAUAGCACAGAUAGCUACGGAGCUCGAAUGUGCCCGACUGCUGACUUACAACGCCGCAAGACUCGUCGAUAGCGGCGCAGCGUUUCAAAAGGAGGCGUCGAUGGCUAAAUACUAUGCAGCCGAAGUAGCGCAAAAGACUUGCAUCAAGUGUAUAGACUGGAUGGGAGGCGUUGCUUUUACCAAAGCAGUUAUCCUAGAAAAAAUGUAUCGAGACGUCAAGAUCGGAAGUAUCUACGAAGGAACACUAAAUAUGCAACUAAAUACGAUAGCUAAAUGUAUCGAGAAGGAAUAUAGGCACUAAAAUAUCGAGUCGUGUCUAAUAUCAUACUGAUUUAAGACUGAGAACUUCCGUUCAUGUAUUCAAAAGGUUGUUUUAGUUGAUGUCAAAUAAAAUAAGAGAUUUUCUUUUUAAUGUGGCUUUUAUAUAAGCGGUUAAACUUUAGUUUGUAAAAGUUUCUUUAGAUCGCUAAUAGAUGCAGACAGUGUUAUUACCCAAUUUCUAUCAAAUUAAUUUCAGGCAAAAGUUGAUUUAUGUUGUAUUAAAGUAAUAACAGUUAGUAUUGCAUUUAACAGUCUAUUUAUACAAUUUAAAAAAGUUUAUUUAUAUUAAAAUUAUUCAAUUAAUCUAUAUUAAUAAAAAUGAAUCGCCGAAAUGUUUAUACGGGCAUCACUUCAGAACGACUGUACCAAAUUAGAUAAUUCUUUUUUUUAUCAAAAAUUUGUAAUCAAAAUAAAUAGAGAGUUAUUUUAGACGUA